CUCGGACAGAAAAUCAUGGUCACGGCCCACAUCAAAAUACUGGAAUCGUCAUCCAGAAAUGCAGAAUCGGUGCCACUCCUGAUUUACAACGCAUAAGGGGCAACUUCGGGACUUACGUGGGCCGGCCGUGGAAGCACUGUUCGAGGACCAUCCUAAUGCAAUCCACGAUCAGCGAUGUCAUCCACCCAGCAGGAUGGCACGAGUGGAGUGAUGAAAGCAAGGUAACUUUAUCUGGGUUUUUGAAUUUCAUCAACGGGAUUUAGUUAGAGUGCACUAAAGGACAAGUAAUCAUGUUCACCACGAACCGUGUGGAGCAACUCGACCCGGCUCUGAUCCGGGGAGGGAGGAUGGACAUGCACAUUGAAUCGGGAUUGAAGAGUUGCUCGGACAAGACAAACAUGACUUCGGCUGACAUUGCAGAGAACUUGAUGCUGAAGACAUCGGGGGCAGAUGCUGAAACUUGUCUGAAAUUGCUAAUUCAAGCACUAGAAAAGACUAAGGAAGAGCAAGAAAGCGAAAAGAAAGAAGGAGGCUACAUCGGAGAGGAAAAAGAGGAAACUGGAGAAACCAAAAUAGAAAUAAAAUAAAAAAGAAAAGAAAACGCAGAAAGAUAAAGUGGAAGAAGAAAGGGCCAAAACAAGAACAAGGCAAGUAAAGAAAAGAAAAGAAAAGAAAAGAUGAAGGGAUCAGAAGAAAUUAAUAAAGAAAAGGGGUAGAA